CUGGCCUUAGUAGGGACGAUAGAGAGCGAGAUUAUCGUUGUUGACGUUUAGUGGAACGUACCCAUUACAUAUAUGUACGGGUUAUCUACGGGUUACGUUUCUGACUUUGACAUUUGACAGACAUAUAUGUUAAAAAAUAAUUUCCAUAAAGACAAUUUUAACCGAAUAACAACGAUAAUAUGAAAAUAAAUUAUGAAAUUAUUGAAAUAAAAAGAUUUUUUUGAUUGUGUUGUUCUAGUUUAUAAGGUAGAACUAAAGAGAAAAUUUAUUUAUAUUUAUUACAAAAAAAAAAUAUAUAAUUUUAAUUUGCUAUAGCAUGAAGGACGAGGAAAAUAUUAACUCCAAGAUAUGGGUGAUAAAAUAUUGCUUGAAAUUACUGUAUCCAAAGUUAAAUACAUACAUAUUACUUAUUUAUAUCGCUAUAAAGUAUAGAUAUUAUUACAACAAAGGAUAUUUCUCAAACAAAAAGAUGAAUGUCUUUGCUAUCAAAACACUUCCAAGAAGCGUCCUAUUAUCUUUUAUAAGGGAUCAUAUAAAAGAAGAUACUUUAUCUAUACAAUCACAUAAAUGUAUUAUAAUUCCUUACAAUCAAUUUAUCCAAUUCAGUGUUGAAAAUUUUUUUUACAAAGAUAAUGGUGUUUUAUGGGUAACAAUGAAAAUAACACCAGAACAGAAAACGAAAGAAAAUACUAAAAAAGAAAAUAUCAGCUUUAAAUACAAUUUGAAUUUGGUUACUUCUGAAAUUCAUAAAAAACUUUGGUCCAACAGUAAGUCUCAAAUUGAUAGCGAGAGAGUUGUACCUAUAAUUGGAUCACAUUUAGUAGAAAAUAAUAUCGCGUACACAAAUGAAGAUGAGUUUUUAAACAUAAUAUCCACGUAUGGACUAAGCAAUGAUACAGAUAUUGAAGUAUCUUUCCAUCCCUUGAGCUCUUUUGAGUUCUCACCAAAAAUAGCAGCAGUCGCUGAAGUUAAUCUUAUCGUAAACGAAUAUGACAUAGAAAAUGAUUUUCUAAAAGAAGUUUUGAGUAAUCACUUUGAAAUACCUAAGGUUUUUAGCCAAAAUGAUAUAAUAGUCAUUGAUCUGACGUCUCAAAUAACAUUAAAAUACAAGUAUAAGUAUUUAGACCUAAUCGAAUCUACGAAAAAGCUGUAUUUUAAAUGUACAAAGUUACAUGGAGACCAGGAUGAUAAUGGAAGCAGUAAUGUAAUUCCUGCUUAUUACAUAGUAAAAGGUGUAACACAAUUGACUUUAGGGGAAAACAUUCAUGCUUUAAAAACAAAACAUAAGUUUUUUGAAAUCGAUUCAACAAGAGUCCAGACUCACAGUCUACCUUUGUGCCCCGAUGGACUUAGAGAAAAGUUUUUUCAACUACAUGAAACAAUUCAACCUUUUGUUAAUGGAGAUAUAGAUGAAUUAUCCAGUUCUCUGUCAAGCCCAAUAAUACCUAUCCUACUUUUAACUGGAUCAAUUGGAUCCGGCCGGCAUCUGCUUAUGAGAUCUUUGGCUAAAUAUAAUGGUCUUAAUUGUCUGCAAAUAGACUGUAACUCAAUACAGAAUUCAACUGCAAAACAAACGGAAAGCAAGAUCAAUUCAAUGAUUCAAAAAGCUAAGGCAGCAGCUCCUGCGAUUGUUUUGAUGGAUAGUUUUGAUGUUCUAGCUGUUGAUGCAGAAAAUAAUGAAGAUUUUAGAAUCAUGGAAUAUUUCACAAACACUUUGACAGAGUUAUUCGAAAACUACACAAAGCACCCUAUUAUAUUUGUUGCAAUUACGGAAAAGGUUGACUUAAAACCUAAUAUGAUGAGGAUAUUCCUUGAAAAAAUUCACAUACCUAAGUUGAAAUUACAACAGAGAUUUGAUAUGUUAAAAUGGUAUGCAUCUGUUAUGAACUUGAGGUUAAAUGAAAUAGACGAUGCCAAAUCUAACUUAUAUUAUAGUGAUGAAAAUGCAGACAAAGGAUGUUUGAGCAGUUAUAUGAAAGAUAUUUUGUAUAGAGUGGCUUCAAAAACUGAAACAUUUGCCCAUGGAGAUCUGGAUACGCUGAUGCAUUUUGCUUUGAGAGAAUCUUAUUUGAAACAAAAUAAUUCAAAUAUAUCUCAUGAUCCUAACUUGUUUCUGAUUGAGGAGGAUGAUUUUAAUAGUGCUUUAGAGUGUAUAAGAAGCCUUCAGAGUCAACAUUUAGAUGCGCCGAAAAUUCCUAAAGUUUACUGGGAGGAUAUUGGAGGCUUGGAAAAACUUAAAAAGGAAUUGCUGAAAACAAUAGAAUUUCCUAUAAAGUUUCCGCAUCUAUUCAAAAACUCUUCCCUAAAAAGGUCUGGUAUACUAUUGUAUGGUCCACCAGGAUGUGGCAAAACACUAGUAGCCAAAGCAGUGAGCACUGAACUUAAUGUUAGCUUCAUGAGCGUCAAGGGGCCAGAACUGCUUAACAUGUACAUUGGACAGUCUGAAGAAAAUGUUAGAAAAGUUUUCGAAGCUGCACGUGCGUCUUCGCCAUGUAUAGUAUUUCUGGACGAAUUAGACGCGUUAGCUCCCCGUCGAGGGGCGGCAGGGGACUCGGGAGGGGCCAGCGAUAGAGUUGUCAGUCAACUACUAGCUGAAAUAGACGGUGUUGCCAGUGGAGAAGAUGCAGAAACAUCAAACUUCGUAUUUAUAAUGGGAGCAACAAACAGACCAGAUUUGUUGGAACAGUCAUUGUUACGUCCAGGACGUCUCGACAAGCUCAUAUAUGUCGGUCCAUACACAGGCUUGAGAGAAAAAACAUCUGUUCUUCAAGCACUUUGCAGAAGUUAUAAAUUACGCCAAGAAGUAAAUUUAGAAGAUGUAGCAGAAGCUUUGCCGGUGCGCUGUACGGGUGCAGAUUUGAUGCAAGUUGUGUCGACCGCGCGGUCUGCUGCCGUCCGUGGAAUUGUAGAUAAGUUAAACAGCGGACUUAUCAAGGAAAGCGAAUUAAACAGCGACUCGGUAAUAAUAGGCGUGUCAGAAUUAUGGAGUGGGGUUGAAUCGUUUCGUCCAUCUGUUACUGAAGAAGAAUUGGCAUAUUAUGAGUCGUUGCAGUCACAAAUGUAAUGAAAAUAUUUAAGAAUAAAUUGUUUUAUGUACCAAAUGUUAAAAAAGUACAUUAUGUUUAUAGUGAAAUCAAAUGUAAUACUUGGUGGCAAUACCGUUUCUUCCAAAUGAAUUACAGGUAAAGGAUAAAUGUAAUUAAGAUUGAGGUAAAAUGGAAUAUGCUCCUUCUAGGGUAUUAAUUUAAUAAAAAUUGUUAAUUAAA